UACAGUAAAAAUACGAGUGCGCUACCUACACUUAUUACAUCUAUGACCUGCAAACAUUAAAAAUAAUACGACUGCUUACAGUACAGACCGUAUGGACUUUGCAGAUUACUUUCAUAGAUAGUUAGAAAUAUUAUUAUGGGUGAUACAGAAAAAAAAGAUUUACAAGAGCAAGCAUUGGCAAAGAAUGCUGUCCUGAUAUCUAGCAGCUCUUUAUCAUCUUAUACAACUCCAGUAAAAGGUUAUGAUUUUAAUAAAGGUAUCAAUUAUCAUGAAUUGUUUACAACCAUGGCAAGUUGUGGUUUUCAAGCUACAAAUUUUGGGCUAGCGAUUAAAGAAGUAAAUCGUAUGCUACAUCAGAGGAAUAUACUUCUCAUGGAAGAUCAGCUAGAUGAAACAGAAGAAGAUGAAUUUAUAAAACGAAAAAAUCAUUGUACAAUAUUUUUGGGUUAUACGUCAAAUAUGGUAUCUAGUGGCAUCAGGGAUAUUAUAAGAUUUCUUGUACAACAUAGAUUGGUAGAUUGUCUCGUAACCACAGCCGGUGGAGUGGAAGAGGAUUUCAUAAAGUGUUUGGCGCCUACAUAUGUUGGCAGCUUUUAUCUGGACGAUAGAAAACUUAGAGAAAAUGGACUUAACAGAACUGGAAAUUUAUUAGUACCAAAUGAUAAUUAUUGUUUAUUCGAAGAUUGGCUAAUGCCAAAGUUAGACGCAAUGCUGUCCGAACAAAAGACGAAAGGUACUUCAUGGACGCCAUCUAAAAUGAUAGCAAGACUCGGCGAGGAAAUCAAUCAUGAAGAUUCAAUCUAUUAUUGGGCUGCGAAAAAUAAGAUUCCGGUAUUUUGUCCAGCAUUGACCGAUGGUAGUCUCGGCGAUAUGAUAUUCUUUCAUUCAUAUAAAAAUCCAGGAUUCGUACUUGAUAUUGUUGCAGACGUCAAGAGAUUAAACAGGAUAGCUAUAAAAGCAGUGAACAGCGGCAUGAUAAUUCUUGGAGGCGGUGUGGUGAAGCAUCACAUCUGCAAUGCUAAUCUUAUGAGAAAUGGCGCGGAUUAUGCCGUUCUUAUCAAUACCGCCUCGGAAUUUGAUGGUAGCGACAGCGGUGCUCGACCCGAGGAAGCGAUUUCUUGGGGAAAAAUUCGGAAAGACGCUGAUCCUGUCAAGGUGUGCGCUGAUGCCACUUUAAUAUUUCCAUUAUUAGUCGGAGAAACUUUUGCCAGAUAUCAUCAUUCAGGGAAGAUAGGAAAAUAAGAAAAUGAAGACGAGCUUUAAUUAUAAUGCGGUGUGAAGAAAGAACCUACGGACGAGCCCAGCAGUCCUUUGGAGGCCACCAGUCCUGGUUCCAUUCUACGCAACAACAA